AGCGGAAGUCCUCCGUAUAGUUGAUUGCUGCGAGACACUGUCUGGUCUGUCAUCGAUUUGAUAUUGGAAGUAGGGUAAAAAAAAGUGUUGCUUUCAACAUCUAGCUCAGCUGAAGAUUACCCAUCCCGGUUGGAGCCUUGUAGACACUUCCGUUGUUCUUGUCGGGCUUCCAUCCGCUAAGAUGUCGGAGCUCAGGCACCGCGUAGCCAAAGAAACCGAGUCAACGUUACAGCAGCAGCCGUCAGAGGACAAGACUUCAGACAGCGAGCUGAAGGCCGAAAAAGAUGGAGUGUCAGACAGCGAGUCCAAGGUGGACUCGGGAAUCCCAGAAGUGCCGGUCUCUGCUGAUGACACACCCGAAGUUCUGAACAAGGCUCUUUCUGGACUCUCCUCUAGAUGGAAGAACUGGUGGGUGAGAGGCCUAUUCACCCUCGCCAUGAUCACUUUCUUCUUCUUCAUCAUCUACCUGGGCCCCAUGGUGCUUAUGAUGAUUGUCCUCUGCGUUCAGAUCAAGUGCUUCCAUGAAAUUAUCAUGAUUGGUUACAGUGUGUACCACUCUUACGACCUGCCCUGGUUCAGGACGCUGAGCUGGUACUUUCUGCUGUGCGUGAACUACUUCUUCUACGGAGAGACGGUGACGGAUUACUUUUUCACGUUGGUACAAAGAGAAGAACCGCUCCGCAUCCUCAGCAAAUAUCAUCGAUUCAUUUCCUUCGCCCUCUACCUCACAGGUUUCUGCAUGUUCGUGUUGAGUUUGGUGAAGAAGCACUACCGUCUUCAGUUUUACAUGUUCGGUUGGACCCAUGUGACUCUGCUGAUUGUUGUCACUCAGUCUCAUCUAAUCAUCCACAACCUGUUUGAAGGAAUGAUCUGGUUUAUUGUCCCCAUAUCCUGUGUGAUCUGUAAUGACAUCAUGGCUUACAUGUUUGGCUUCUUCUUCGGCCGUACCCCCCUCAUCAAGCUCUCGCCUAAGAAGACGUGGGAGGGCUUCAUUGGGGGUUUCUUCGCUACUAUAGUGUUUGGCAUCGUGCUCUCCUACUUCAUGUCUGGGUACCGCUACUUUGUGUGUCCAGUGGAGUUCAACAACGACUCCAACAGCUUCCAGGUGGACUGUCAGCCUCCGGAGCUCUUCCAGCUGCAGGAGUACACGCUUCCCAGCGUCCUGGAGUCUGUCACCGGAUGGACCACGGUGCACCUGUAUCCCUUCCAGAUCCACAGUGUGGCGCUCUCCUCCUUUGCCUCCAUCAUGGGACCAUUUGGUGGAUUUUUUGCCAGCGGCUUCAAGAGAGCCUUCAAGAUUAAGGAUUUUGCCAACACUAUUCCCGGCCACGGCGGCAUCAUGGACAGAUUUGACUGCCAGUACCUAAUGGCCACAUUUGUCAAUGUUUACAUCGCGAGUUUCAUCAGGGGCCCGAACCCCAGCAAGGUGAUCCAGCAACUCCUGGCUCUCCGCCCUGAUCAGCAGCUGCACAUCUUCAACUCCCUGAAGGCUCACCUGGUAGAGAAAGGUCUGCUGCCGGCUCUGGAGGGAGCGGCUGCCUAGAGUCUCUGCUUGAGAGGGUGGGGAGGGCAGCACCAAACAGCUGGGAUGGGUUCGGUGCUCCAUGUUUUCACAUGAAGAACAGAACCAAGAGGGUCAUUCCAUUUUCUUUUGGGUCAUGUGUGUUUGUGUUCCUGCCGUCUGUGAAUUUGUUUCUGAGUUGAUGUUUCGGAGACGAGUUUGUGGAUCACUGUGGUCACACACACGCCAAACACGCCGAAACUAAAUGUUGGUCAGAUGUACAUUUUUACCUGUUUACAGAUUAUCUUCUAUAUAUAUAGAUAUAUAUAUAUAUGAAAUAUUAUUGUGUCAAACUUUUAUUGUACAUUUUUAAAUGUAAUGCACUGCUCUCAGCCUCGUCAACAUUGUAUUGUUACAUCAACAACUUUCAGUUUCCGUUUGUGAUUGUAUUUAUACAGAAAUGGUUUUUAUAUUUGGUUUAUUCCCUGUGUUCUUACGGCUUCAUUGGAGCCGUCAUUCAUUCUCGUCUGUUUUUUUUUAAAUUCAUCAUUUCAAAGCCUCUUGGUCAAUAAGAUUAUCAAUCAGAAGAUGUGGACUCCCUUUUAAAGGAAAUCCACAGUCGCAGCUAAAUAAUUAUUUCUUCAAAAACAUCCAAUACCCACUGAAAAGACAUUUUGAAGUCUUCAUUAGGGUGACUUAUUAACUUCUCAUCGGUUUGUAGAGAGCUCUCAAAUGCUUUCCUUUCACAUUUUGUGAUUUUUGGAAUAUUUGUUGCAGUAGACAUCAGUGUGUUCAGCUGUGGCUUUGUAACGCUCACGUCACCACUGUUUCAGCUGCACCUUGGUAAUAAAAUGGGACAUUUCUUAUCCGUUCAUGUGGGAAUUUGCAAAAGCUUUCACCUUCUGUUCACCCAACAUAAAGUUUCAUACUUUAAUAUUUAUUUAUGUGUUUAGUUUAUUAGUAAAAAUGUAGCUUUUUUUAUUUUUGAGGUAACUUUAUUGUUUUGCAUGUUAGCAAAAUCCCAUCACUAUGUUUAGUUUUUCCACCAUGUUUUUAGAAUCCGUAACAUGAAAUACAAUCAAACAUAAAUGACAGUAAAUGUAAACAGAUUUUGGAAAGUUCUGACUGUGAUGUAGCAGAUGAUCAGGUGUUGUGUUUCUGUCAAAUCAAAGAUUUCCCAUCUAAACCCGUAAACUGACAUCUAUUUGUGCUGUUUUUGUUUUGUUUUUCCUUAUGAGGUUUUUAAGGAAUCAUUUCGUAAAUCGUUUGCCGCAUGUCUCUUUAGAAAAACCUUUUAUCUGCUGUAUAAACCAGACGUUGACUUGCUCUUUAACAUCUCACCAUUCAUAUGUAUCGUUUUCAUUCAUAAUUGCUUCACUUACAGUUUAAUCUAUUCUUAUGAUUUUUUUUUCUGUUUUCAGUUUCAAUAUUUUUAAAUGACUAUUGAACAUUUACUGAGAUAUUUAGGAGCCUGUUAUAUAGUUUAUUUAAAGUAUUAUCAUUGCCAUAUAGGACAGAGUGUUGAAGUAGCAGUAUUUUCCUGCUGUGACUGUGGUGCGUUCAGGGGUUUUCCUGAGCCUGUUUUUUGUGCUUUGUACUGCCAUUCUUCUGCCUGAUGUCGUGGGCGGCCACUAGAGAGCGCCGCAGCCUGUGUGAUAGGAUGCUCUGAAACACUGACGCUCUACAUGACUGGAGAGCUUUUGACACCUCUGUUGGUACAUUCCAGCUCCCCUACAGGUGAGAUCAUAGAGACAGAGUGGAAGACAUGCAUUUAAAGCACUGUGCUUUUGUGCACCUCAAGGAGCCUAUCAAAGGAAUGUAUGGGAGGCGCGUCUGUCACACAUACUGUAUAUUUUCCUUUUUAUGGCCAUUAUUUUGUGGUUCUAGAUUCCUACAAAUCUGUAAAAUCUCAGUGAAUAUUCUUAAAUCGUGCAAUUCUUUUUAAUUUGUACAUGUUUUAGAUAAAAGCUGUAUUCUUUUAUGCUAAAAUGUGCUUUGCUUUGGUUCAGAGAUUAAUAAAAGUAUUUGAAAAACA